GAUCACCUCGUUCAGCGUUAGAGAAGGCAACCCCUUGUAGCGACCUCCCGUCUUUCCUACUUCCCCUCUAGAUCACCCCACCUUCAAGACUCUCGCCCAGACGACUUUUGGAUAAAGAUGGCUCGUACUGACAAGAAGACCCAGAAGACCAGGUCGGCCCUGAACGACGUGGUUACCCGUGAAUACACCGUUCACUUGCACAAGCGGGUCCACGGUUCUUCGUUCAAGAAGAGGGCUCCCAAGGCCAUCAAGUCGAUCGUCGAGUUUGCUCAAAAGUCGAUGGGUGUUCAGGACGUUCGAAUCACCCCCGGUCUCAACCAGGCCGUCUGGGCCCGAGGUGUCCGAUCCCCCCCUCACAGGAUCAGGGUCAGGUUGGAGAGGAAGCGAAACGACGACGAGGGUGCCAAGGAGAAGCUUUACGUCUUGGCUCACCACGUCGAGGGUGUUACCAGCUUCAAGGGACUCGAGACCACCGUCAUCGAGGCCGACGAGGAGUAGAUUAGCCUUUCCCAGCUAGUCGAUCCCGAAAACGCCCCAUCCUCUAUCUUCUCUCUCUCUCUCUCUCCUUCGCCCCCUCCCACAGACACCUGAGAACGGUGAACCCCACUUGUAGACAAGAGAUGAUAUAUCGAGUUUAUGUGGGGAUUUACGAGUCGCCGUGCGGAAUCAAGGCUGUAUGGCUGUUGCAUCGACCCUUUUCCUUUGAGGACUGUACGGACUGUGUUUACUAGCUUGAACGAUCAAUUGUCGCGCUUUGUUUACGAUUUCGCUGUCGGGCGGGUCUUUAAGAAGGCAAAAGCAGAGAAUUAGAGCUCUCUCUCAACUUCAUCG